AUGGUGGUGAAGAUGAUGAAGUGGCGGCCAUGGCCGCCGCUAGUAACGAGGAAAUACGAGGUGAAGCUAUCGGUGAAGAGGCUGGAAGGGUGGGAUCUGGUGAGGGAGAGCUCACCGGAGAAGGAGAAAUUGACGGUGGAGAUUCGCUGGAAAGGGCCAAAGGCGACAUUGGGAUCCCUAAGAAGGACGGUGAAGAGGAACGUCACCAAGGAAGCUGUGGGGGAAAGCGACGUCGUUUCAUGGGAAGACGAAGAGUUUCAGAGCUUAUGCUCUCUCACUUCUUACAAGGAGGACACUUUGUUUUAUCCAUGGGAGAUUGCUUUCUCUGUCUUCACCAAUGGAACGAAGCAAGUGCAGAAGAAUAAAGCUCCUCUCGUUGGAACAGCGUUUUUGAAUCUUGCUGAAUACGCCCGUGUGACCGAUCAAAGAGAGUUUGAAUUAAACAUUCCUCUCACUCUCUCCGCUUGUGUUGCCUCCGAGCCACAUCCGUUGCUCUAUGUAUCACUGAGCCUGCUUGAGCUUAGAACCACUCCAGAAACCUCAGACUCAGCGGCACAAACCGCGGUUGCGGUUGCCCCUGCCCCGUCUCCACCGCCACAACAGCCUACUGAAACUCACCCAACUGAGAAGGAAGACGUCUCUGCGAUCAAAGCGGGUCUAAGGAAAGUCAAGAUCUUUACAGAGUUUGUAUCCACAAGGAAAGCCAAGAAGGCUUGUCGAGAAGAAGAAGGCAGAUCCUCGAGCUUUGAAUCAUCAGAAUCGCUUGAAGAUUUCGAGGAGGACUUUGAUCAAGUCAAAGAAGAAGAUUUGAUGAGCGUGAGGAAAUCUUUCUCCUAUGGAUCUCUGUCUUACGCAAAUGGUGUUGGAACCUCGUUGAACUGUGGCACAAGAGUCAGCGACGAAGACGAAGACUGGAUCUAUUACAGCCACAGGAAAUCCGACGUAGGAGGAGGUUGCUCGGACGUUGAAGAUUCCUCCGCUGGUUUGGUGUACGAGUCGUCUCUUCUUCCACGGCGUAGCAUCUUGCCGUGGAGAAAGCGCAAACUGAGCUUUAGGUCGCCGAAAUCCAAAGGAGAGCCUCUGUUGAAGAAGGAUAACGGAGAAGAAGGUGGAGAUGACAUUGAUUAUGAUCGGAGGCAACUUAGCUCAGAUGAAGCUCAUCCUCCUUUUGCGAGGAGCAAAGGAGAUGAAGAUUCAUCAGCCAAUCCGCGAUCUUCUUUCUCGGAGUUUGGAGACGACAGUUUCGCGAUCGGAAGCUGGGAAGAGAAAGAAGUGAUAAGCCGAGACGGACACAUGAAGCUUCAGACAAAUGUGUUUCUUGCUUCGAUUGACCAGAGAAGCGAGCGAGCAGCCGGUGAGAGUGCCUGCACCGCUCUUGUAGCGGUUGUCGCGGACUGGUUCCAGAAGAACGGUAACCUCAUGCCGAUCAAGUCUCAGUUCGAUAGUUUGAUCAGAGAAGGUUCGUUGGAGUGGAGAAACCUCUGCGAAAACGAAACGUUUAUGCAGAAAUUCCCUGACAAGCAUUUCGACCUCGACACCGUGCUGCAAGCAAAGAUCCGGCCUUUAACCGUCAUCCCCGGGAAGUCUUUCGUCGGGUUUUUCCAUCCAGAAGGGAUGAUCAACGAAGGAAGAUUCGAGUUUCUUCAAGGCGCAAUGUCUUUCGAUAGUAUUUGGGAUGAGAUUAUCAGUCUGGAGGAAAGCUGGGAGAACGACCAUGACGAGUCCCCACACGUUUACAUUGUGAGCUGGAAUGAUCACUUCUUUGUUCUCAAAGUUGAGAAGGAAGCUUACUAUAUCAUAGACACGCUUGGAGAAAGGCUCUACGAGGGUUGUGAUCAAGCUUACGUUUUGAAAUUCGACGAGAAAACGGUCAUCCACAAGACUGUUGUUCAUGGAGAGGAAUCAGAGUCGGAAUCUGAGCCGGAGAUUGUUUGCAGAGGGAAAGAGUCGUGUAAAGAGUACAUCAAGAGUUUCUUGGCGGCGAUACCGAUUAGGGAACUGCAAGAGGAUAUCAAGAAAGGUUUAGCUUCGACCGUGCCUGUUCACCACCGCUUACAGAUCGAGUUUCAUUACACGAAGAUGACUACAAACGCAGAGAUUGUCGUCUGA